AUGAAUAGAUUUUUAACAUCAAUCAAACCAUUAAGUAUUAGAAAUAUAAUUAGAAUGUCUUCAUCAGUUCCUUUUAAAUAUCAACAACCACAACAUAAAUUGACUUUAAUUCCUGGUCCAAUUGAAUUUUCAAAUGAUGUUUUAGCAUCCAUGGCCACUCCUUCACAGGCUCAUACUUCACCAGAAUUUGUUUCAACUUUUCAAACUGUUUUAAAAAAUUUAAGAAAAUUAUUUAAAUCUACUGAUCCAAAUACUCAAGGUUUUGUUUUAAGUGGUAGUGGUACAUUAGGUUGGGAUAUUGUUUCAUCAAAUUUAUUUAAACCUGGUGAUGAAGUUUUAGUAUUAUCAACUGGUUUUUUCUCAGAUUCAUUUGCUGAAUGCUUAAAAAUUUAUGGUAUUGAUGUUGAUGUAAUUACUGCUGAAGUUGGUGAUGUUGUGCCAUUUGAUAAGAUUGAAUCAGCAUUAAAAGAAAAGAAAUAUGAUGGUGUAACUAUAACUCAUGUUGAUACUUCAACUUCAGUUGUUUCUCCAGUUGAAGAAAUUUCAAAAAUUGUUAAAAAAGAAUCACCAGAAACUUUAAUUGUUGUUGAUGGUGUUUGUUCAGUUGGUGUUGAAGAUUUAGAAUUUGAUAAGUGGGGAUUAGAUUUUGUAUUAACUGCUUCACAAAAGGCAAUUGGUGUACCAGCUGGUUUAUCAAUCUUUUAUACAAGUGAAAGAGCAUUAGGUAAAGCAUUAAAUAAAGAAAAAGAAACUACAUUUUUUGCAUCAUUAAGAAGAUGGACUCCGAUAAUGAAAGCGUAUGAAAGUGGUAAUGGUGCAUAUUUUGCAACACCAGCUGUUCAAACUAUAACUGCUUUAAAAACUUCAUUAGAUGAAAUAUUAUCAGAAUCAUUAGAUACAAGAUUUUCAAAACAUAAUGAACAAUCUAAAAAAUUUAAAUCAAAAGUUGAAGAAUUGGGAUUAAAAAUUUUACCAUUAAAUUCAAAAGUUGCAGCAAAUGGUUUAACAGCAGUUUAUUUCCCAAAUAACAUUAAUGGACCAGGUUUAUUAAAGAAAUUAAAUGAAAAAGGAUUUGUUGUUGCAGGAGGUAUUCAUAAACAAUUAGUUGGUAAGUAUUUUAGAGUUGGACAUAUGGGAUAUUCAGUUUAUGAAGGACAUAUUGAUAAAUUAUUAAAAGCAUUAGAAGAAUCAUUAAACGAAUUACAACAAUAA